UGAUACAUGUAGACACUCCAUCAUCACAUCUUCAAAGGUAAAAUAGUCACAGUGAUCCAUGGCAGGGAUGGAGAAUGAAUCAAAACUUAUCGGAGGAAGCAAUCGCAUUUCAGCCGUUAAUCUGACUGGAAUUUCAUCUCCUGUUGUUAACAGCAAAGAUUAUGAUCAUCAAGAAAUGGACUCUUAUCAGAAACCUGGAUGGAGAACUUUCCUCUCAUUUGUUGGUCCUGGUUUUCUAGUUUCUUUGGCUUAUCUUGAUCCUGGAAACUUGGAAACCGAUUUACAAGCAGGAGCAAAUCACAGAUACGAGCUUCUUUGGGUGAUUUUAAUCGGCUUAAUCUUCGCACUUGUCAUUCAAUCUCUGGCGGCAAAUUUAGGUGUAACCACCGGCAAGCAUCUAUCCGAGCUAUGCAAGGCAGAAUACCCAACUUUUGUCAAGUAUUGUCUAUGGCUGCUAGCUGAGGUUGCAGUCAUUGCAGCAGAUAUUCCCGAAGUGAUUGGGACAGCUUUUGCACUGAAUAUCUUAUUCAAGAUUCCUGUUUGGGUUGGAGUUCUUCUCACUGGUUUCAGCACCCUUCUCCUUCUUGGUCUCCAAAAAUAUGGUGUGAGGAAGCUAGAAGUACUGAUAGCCAUUCUAGUUUUCAUCAUGGCUGGUUGCUUCUUUGGAGAAAUGAGCUAUGUGAAGCCACCUGCUGGUGAUGUACUAAAGGGAAUGUUUAUUCCAAAACUUAGUGGCCAUGGUGCCACUGGUGAUGCCAUUGCACUACUUGGUGCACUUGUUAUGCCGCAUAAUCUCUUUCUCCAUUCGGCUCUUGUUCUUUCACGCAAGAUUCCAAACUCUGUCCGUGGGGUCAAUGAUGCGUGCAGAUACUUUCUGAUAGAGAGUGGUAUUGCACUCUUUGUGGCAUUCUUGAUCAACGUCUCAAUCAUAUCUGUUUCCGGCACUGUUUGCUCAGCCGAAAACCUAUCAAGUGACGAGUUGGAUCGCUGCAGCGAUCUUUCGCUUGACUCAGCUUCAUUUCUUCUUAAAAAUGUCUUGGGGAAGUCCAGUUCUACUCUUUAUUCUAUUGCACUGCUAGCUUCUGGUCAGAGUUCAACCAUUACUGGAACAUAUGCAGGACAGUUUAUUAUGCAGGGUUUCUUGGAUUUAAAGAUGAGGAAAUGGCUGAGAAACUUGAUAACAAGAUGCAUUGCCAUCACACCUAGUUUAAUAGUGUCAAUCAUUGGAGGAUCUUCUGGUGCUGGAAGAUUAAUUGUCAUAGCAUCGAUGAUAUUGUCAUUUGAACUUCCUUUCGCCUUAAUUCCACUCCUUAAAUUCAGUAGCACAACUAUAAAAAUGGGGCCAUACAAGAAUUCAAUGAUUAUCAUCGUCUUCUCUUGGGUGCUAGGACUUAUGAUUAUCGGCAUCAACAUUUACUACUUGACCACCUCAUUUGUUGACUGGCUAAUCCAUAGCACUUUACCUAGAGUUGCUAACGUGUUCAUUGGGAUAAUAGUGUUCCCUAUCAUGGCAAUCUAUGUGCUAUCUGUACUCUACCUUAUGUUCCGUAAGGAUGUUGUGGUCACCUAUAUCGAACCAACGAAACUUGAUCCAAGUGCUCAAGUUAGCAUGGAGAGUGGCGAUAAUGGUGUGAGUAGAGGGCAUGGGAUGACAAAUGCUCCUUAUAGAGAGGAUCUUGCUGAUAUCCCAUUACCAGAAUAGAACGAUUAACAUGUUUUAUGGUUAUUUCGAGGCUCAUUGAUAUCUAGCGUUAAAAUAUUCUCUGCGGCUACCGAUCGAGGUUCAGGUUGGUUCAACACAGCCACAGUCGCAUUCUUAAGGGAGCAAAAGUGUUAUGUGCUUAUGCUUGUAUACCUAGUAAUGUUGAAUUUAGUGUCAUAAACAUAUGUAGACGGUAGACCUUAUAAUCAAUAUUAAAGAAUGUAAAGCUGAUAUUAUGUGUGCUAUAGAUUAAUACAGUGAAAUUUCGAUGUGGGAAUUAUUUGGGCUUAUGAAAGUUUCAUUGACAAAA